GAGUAGCUUGUGAUUGGCUCGAGCUGCGGAACCUCGGAAACCCGAAUGUGAGGAGCUCGCUGAUCCACAGCUGCCGCCCCCCGCAGAAAUCCGGAGCGCGGUCAGAAUCCUAGUGGCGGCGGCGGCGGCGGCAGGUAAGGAGACUCCUAAGGAGAGAGUACAGAGACUUGGAUCCGCUGCUCUCAGUGUCGCUCGGGUAAAAAGAACGUUCUUCCAAAGAAAAUAACGUAGUUCAGAAGGAAAAAUAACAAAAACAAAGUGCUGCAGAUUUUAUUUUACAAUAUGUAAGAAAAUCUACAGUUUCUUCAGGAUACUCAUAUUAAGGUGAUUAACAAAUUACUUCAUGUUUUGUUUAAUAAUUAGGCAAAAUUAACUGUUUAAAACAUUUUAAAGGCAUUUGUAAUUGUUCUCUUGGUCAUGUGAUAAAGCAGUUAUUCUGAUUAAAUUUAAAAUAGUACACUGUUUUAAAUGUUGGAAAUAAGUCAUUAUGGCAUUUUAAUUUAUCUCUCCGAAGACCCAGGUAGUUGUGAACUCUCUUGACUUCAUUUUGAAGGCAGAAAACAAUGUGGUGUUUAAAAAAGAUAACAAAAAUACAGCUCAGAGUGUGCUCACAUAUAGAGUAAUUUUGUUUGAAUCAUUGUGAUAUACAGAGAUGUCACCUACUGCUGUAGGAUUUUGAGAUAUAUGACUCAAGUGUUGAUAAAGAUUACUCUGUGAGACUUUCCUGCCUUCUGUAUACCUAUAGAACUUUGAGGCAAGGAAAAAAAAUCUUAGUGAUCUCCUGUACUUAAGAAUAGAUUAAGCCAAAUUUAUUAAACAUUUCUAACUAAAAAUGAGGAAAUGUUCUAUAAAAUUGACAGAUUUUUUUGGUCGAUUUGCUUAGAAGCUUGUAUCUGAGAGUAAAGUAUACAUGUAAUUUUAAGAAAUAGCAUUAAGUUACAGAAUCUAAUUUUAGGUUCCAUACUAUCUGGUGAUCUUAAAUAUAGUAUAAGUUAUUUGAAAUGAAAUAGGUUGAGCCCUUGCUUUCAAAACUAGCAUGAGGCUAGCAUGGCUUUAUUAAUUAUUAAUGAAAAAACUUACAAGUUACAGUUACAAGUAAAAGCUAUUCUGAAAGAACCAAUUUGCUAAAUGUUUGUAUGUGAUUGAUCUUAUCUCUGCUACAUUUAGGAAGCAGUCAUGUUUCAUGAGUCCUCAAAACUGUGAGCCAAGAGAUUGUAGUAGAGUAAGGCAAGAAGUCCUUACUGGCUCAAAGAACUCCAGGGAAACUGGGAUAGAACAUUUUUCAUUAUAAGUAGAACCCCGGGAGCCAGAGGUGAAACACAAGUUUAUCUGCAGAGCUACGCUGCAGGGCUGAGCUGGGUCUGGAAGAAAUGGAUGAGAGCCACUGGAUGAAAUGCACUAAUACUAGACACCUGAGUCCUCUAGUAAUGUAUAAAUACCCCAACUAUUGUCUGUUGUCAUCUUGUUCUUUUUCUUCCUAUUUAAUAACCUAUAUUUUAACUGGAACAUCAAUACUACAAUUUUGUUCUUUUGCUUGCGUCUAUCACUUCCCUGUGGCUCAUCCCCUUUGUGCUUCUUCUCCAUUAUCUUUGGUUUACUUCCACUGACCCUUCUUUUAUUUAUGGUUGUCACAUAAAGCAUAAAACAAGGUUUCUUUUGUUUGUUUGCUUUGUUUUCCUUUGUAAUGAGAUUUGCACACCUGGUUGAGAGGCACAUUUUCAAUUGCAUUUUUCUCAAAACAAUUGACUUUGACCUAAAUGCAUUUAAACUAUUUUAAAAAACACUUCUUUUACAGAGAUUUGUGAAUGAACUUUACUAAGUAUGGAUCCAGGUGGUGGAAGUCUUGGAUUGCACACAUCAGACUCUAGAAUGGCCCAUACCAUGAUUAUGCAGGAUUUUGUUGCUGGAAUGACUGGUACUGCGCAUAUCGAUGGAGACCAUAUUGUUGUUUCAGUUCCUGAGGCUGUAUUAGUUUCUGAUGUUGUCACAGAUGGUGGGAUAACUCUUGAUCAUGGCCUUGCAGCUGAAGUUGUCCAUGGGCCUGAUAUCAUUACCGAGACUGAUGUAGUAACAGAAGGUGUAAUUGUUCCUGAAGCUGUACUUGAGGCUGAUGUUGCUAUUGAAGAAGAUUUAGAGGAAGAUGAUGGUGAUCACAUCUUGACGUCUGAGCUAAUUACAGAAACCGUUAGAGUACCUGAGCAGGUUUUUGUGGCUGAUCUUGUUACUGGUCCUGAUGGACACUUGGAACAUGUGGUCCAAGAUUGUGUUUCAGGAGUUGACUCUCCCACAAUGGUGUCAGAGGAGGUUCUUGUAACUAAUUCAGAUACAGAAACUGUGAUUCAAGCAGCUGGUGGUGUUCCUGGUUCUACAGUUACUAUUAAAACUGAAGAUGAUGAUGAUGAUGAUGUCAAGAGCACUUCUGAAGACUACUUAAUGAUAUCUUUAGAUGAUGUUGGGGAAAAAUUAGAGCAUAUGGGGAAUACACCAUUAAAAAUCAGCAGUGAUGGUUCACAAGAAGAUGUUAAAGAAGAUGGAUUUGGUUCAGAAGUAAUAAAAGUGUAUAUAUUUAAAGCCGAGGCCGAAGAUGAUGUUGAAAUAGGUGGAACAGAGAUUGUCACAGAGAGUGAGUACACCAAUGGACAUUCUGUAGCUGGAGUGCUUGACCAGAGCCGAAUGCAGCGGGAGAAGAUGGUUUACAUGGCAGUUAAAGAUUCUUCUCAAGAAGAAGAUGAUAUCAGUUGUGCUGAAAUAGCAGAUGAAGUAUACAUGGAAGUCAUUGUAGGGGAAGAGGAAGGAACUUUCCCUGAGACUCAACUUGAGGACUUUGAUGUUAAUAAAACAAUUGUCCCUAUUGUCUGGGCUGUGGUAUAUGGAGAUGAAAGAAGAGUUUCUCGAAGGUAUGAAGAUUGUCAAUCAUCAGGAAAUACUUUAGACUCAACAUUAGAAAACAGAAGUAGUACAGCAGCACAAUACCUUCAAAUCUGUGAUAGUAUUAAUACAAAUAAAGUACUUAAACAAAAAACCAAGAAGAGGAGAAGGGGAGAAACGAGGCAGUGGCAAACAGCUGUUAUAAUAGGCCCUGAUGGACAACCCCUGACAGUGUAUCCUUGCCAUAUUUGCACAAAAAAGUUUAAAUCCAGAGGAUUCUUGAAAAGACACAUGAAGAAUCAUCCUGAUCAUUUGAUGAGAAAAAAAUAUCAGUGUACAGAUUGUGACUUUACAACUAACAAGAAAGUGAGUUUUCAUAACCAUUUAGAAAGCCAUAAGCUUAUAAACAAAGUUGACAAAACCCAUGAAUUUACAGAAUACACACGAAGAUACAGAGAAGCUAGUCCAUUGAGUUCAAAUAAACUUAUAUUAAGAGACAAGGAGCCGAAGAUGCACAAGUGCAAAUACUGUGACUAUGAAACUGCAGAACAAGGACUGUUAAACCGACAUUUACUGGCUGUUCACAGCAAGAAUUUUCCUCAUGUUUGUGUUGAGUGUGGGAAGGGCUUUCGACAUCCUUCUGAACUCAAGAAACAUAUGAGAACCCAUACUGGUGAGAAGCCAUAUCAGUGUCAGUAUUGUGUUUUCAGGUGUGCAGAUCAGUCAAAUUUGAAAACUCAUAUUAAGUCUAAACAUGGUAACAAUUUACCAUAUAAAUGUGAGCAUUGUCCCCAAGCAUUUGGUGAUGAGAGAGAACUUCAACGCCAUCUGGAUUUGUUUCAAGGACAUAAGACACACCAGUGUCCUCAUUGUGACCAUAAGAGCACCAACUCAAGUGACCUUAAGCGGCACAUCAUAUCUGUCCACACUAAGGAUUUUCCUCACAAAUGUGAGGUCUGUGAUAAAGGUUUCCAUCGCCCUUCCGAGCUCAAAAAGCAUAGUGAUAUCCAUAAGGGUAGGAAGAUUCAUCAGUGUAGGCACUGUGACUUUAAAACAUCAGAUCCAUUUAUUCUUAGUGGUCAUAUCCUUUCAGUUCAUACUAAGGAUCAGUCAUUGAAGUGUAAAAGAUGCAAAAGAGGGUUCAGACAACAAAAUGAGCUCAAAAAGCAUAUGAAGACUCACACUGGAAGGAAGAUUUACCAAUGUGAGUAUUGUGAAUACAGCACUACAGAUGCAUCUGGCUUUAAACGACAUGUGAUAUCAAUACAUACAAAAGACUAUCCACACAGGUGUGAAUUCUGCAAGAAGGGAUUCCGACGACCAUCAGAAAAAAAUCAGCAUAUUAUGAGGCACCACAAGGAGGCUCUUAUAUAAUAAGAUCAAUAUAAAGAAAAGCUAUUUAGAAAAUAUGACAUGCUACAUGGGAAGAUAAUUUCACAAACUGUUUCACCUGGUUACAUAGCUUGAUAUUAAAUUAUAAAUUUACAUUCUUUUUAUUAAAGAUCUUAAUGUAUUUGAAUUGAGAGGGGAUCUCAUAGCCCUUUGAAAUUACUUAAAGAAUUUAAGGAGCACCAUAGAAUGGUUUCAGAAAACCUUAUUGUCUAUUUAAUGGUAUAAACAUAAUUCAAUUACAGAGGGGAAGAGCAAAGACAACCACUUUAUUUGGCUGAUCAUACUAGAGACAAAACUUUCUGAAAAGAUCAUAUCUAAUUAAGGAGUGAUGCUUUGCUUUGGCAAACAAGUCUCACUUUUAUGCAGUUUUAGAAAUGGGAUGGAAAAAUAAAAUGCAGUCAUCCAUCAGUCACUUAGUCACUGCAUCUUUAUAUGGUACCUGGAAAUUGAAUUCCAGAAAUGGCAAAAGUUUUGUGUAUUCAUUAAAAGAAAUUUCACUGAAAAACAGGUUAGAUUAAUUCAAUACUAUUUAGAAGGAUUUCAAAGCUACUAAGGUUUUAUUACAGGAUAGGAUGUUUAAAAUACAGCAUUCUGUACUGAAGUCUAAAGAUUAAAGUUCCCCUUUUUUCUGAUGUUCAAGUUGAUUGAUGUUCAGUAUGGCAUAUAUGACAAAAGUAUAUUUGAGUCAAAUGUGGCUUUCUAAAAUGGAUGUAACAGUAAUGUUGCAAACAAAGCUAGCACUAUAUUUCUUAAUGAUAUUAAGAUUAAAUUGAGAGAACACAGUUUUCUUAAAUAUUUAGUUUUUUUAGGACAGUCAUAGCAAGUAUGAUUGUUCCAGUCUUACUUGCUCUAAUGUUUAAAGGUGCAAUUUUAUGCCAUUAUUGAAAAUUUUGAUUUUUAAAAUCUAUAUACCAUAUUAUUAACAUACAUUUUCAAUGUGAGGCAGUAUUUAUGCAGUAUUUAACAAAACACUAUGCUGCCAAUAGAGCUUGAAGGUGGAUAUUCAGUUUACAUUGUAUAAAAUAUGCAUCCUUUUAACAACACUUUAUGUUAGCAUGCUGCAAAUCAACAUGGCGCUUAAUAUAAAAAGCUGGUUUAGGGAAAUUUAAUGAAAAUCCUGUUCAUAAAUGUAAUGCAUAUGAUGUGUACUUUUAAGUUUUAGUUGCUUCAUGUUUACACUCAGCUGUUCAGUAUAAUUAAAAUGUAAUUUUACUCCAUGCUAUAUUGUGGCUUUGUGUUUUAAAUAAUGUUCACCUUUCUGUUUUUGCACCAGGUAAGAAUCAGUUCCUUGAGAAUAAAUUUUUUAUCUUUCUUAAUUCAGAAUAUUAAAUUUGGAAAAUCUAAAGUUGUGUGUCAUGUGGUUGUAAAUGAUGUACACGCUGUAAGAUAAGAUUGUCACUGUUAAUGUGGGAUUAUUAUUUCUAAAUGUUACUCAUUGAAAUGAGCAUACAAUAAAAAGCAUUUAUUGCA